AUGGAUUCAUCAUUACAUAAUAAGACUCAAAUUACAUCAAUAAUCCAUCUUAUUACUCAUCAUCAUUUCAUUUUCUUUUUGUUGAUGAUCAGCCUCACUCAAUUUCCACUGGCUUCUGAUGGAUGCCACCAAGAGGAAAGAAGGGCACUCUUAGAAAUUAAAUCCUCUUUAGAAGACCCUUCAAAUCGCUUGUAUUCAUGGCAACAAGGCAACAAAUAUCAGAACUGUUGUGAUUGGCUUGGAAUUCAGUGUUCUGGCGACUCUCUUCAUGUCAUCUCCAUCAACCUACGGAACACAGAGUAUGAAAUUUACUAUAAUGAGUAUAUCUAUACAGUAAAUUUAAAUGAUUUCAAUCCCCCAGACACUGCAUUACAAGGUAAAUUCUCUCCUUUCUUCAAUAACUUCACGCAUCUUCAGUAUCUUGAUGUUUCCUUCAACAAUUUCCAAGAAUCACAAAUUCCACUUGAAUUUUCUAGUCUCACAAAACUCAUUCAUCUUGAUCUCUCCCACUCCAAUUUUUCUGGAUCAACUUUGACACAAUUCACUAAUAUAUCAUCUCUUAAGUACCUGGAUUUAUCUUGCGGUGUUGUAAACUGCAUGCACUUAUCAUCUACAAAAUGGUUGAGAGGAUUAGUAAAUCUCGAGGUGUUAAGGUUGAGUCGUAUUAAUUUACAUGAGGCGACAUCAUCAUCAGAAAAUAAUUUUCUUGAACAUUUACAUUUUCUUUCCAAUCUUAAAGACCUCGAUCUAUCUUAUUGCAAUAUAUCUGGUCCGGUUUUUCCCAUCCAAGAGUCUAACAAUCUUUCCCAUCUGUCCUCUCUCAAUAUGAGUUUCAAUCCUGAGCUCAAUUCCUCAUUCCCAGAACAUCUAGCAAAAAUGACUUCACUUUCUAGUCUUUACUUAACAAGGUGUAAUUUUCAUGGUUCAGUUCCAUAUAUGCCUCAACUUGAAGAGCUUGAUGUCAGUAAUAAUACUGCUCUGCAUGUCGAACUUGCCCAAAUGUUUGAACGUAGGUGGCCUAAACUCAAAUCUCUUAGGAUAUCUGCAACUAAAGUAACCGGACAAAUUUUUAAUUUAAUUUCAAAAGUGCCGAUGUUAGAGUUUCUUAAAGCCUCUGGUUGUUCAAUUCAAGGAUCCAUCCCAAAAUCAAUCUGCAAACUUUCUUUUCUUCGAGAAAUUUUCCUGCAACGUAACAAUUUUACUGGAACGAUGCCAAGUUGCAUUACGAUGCUCAGGUACCUCGAUCGGUUAGAUAUCAGUAAAAACUUUAUCAGCGGUAAUGUCGCACUUUCCGCUUUGUUUACCAAUUUAAAUCUAAGUUAUCUAAAGCUGGGUCCAAACAAGCUAACGGUAUCUAUAGAUCAAGACUUACGUUUAUACCCUAAACAUAAACUCAAGGUAUUAGGGUUGGGGUCCUGCAAUCUGAAAGGAUUAUUCCCUGCUUUCAUUUGUAAUAUGACUGAUUUAGAAACUUUGCAGUUAUCUGGGAAUAACCUUACAGGAACUAUCCCUUCUUGCAUCAACAAACUCAAAAAUCUCAUGUCCUUAGAUUUCUCAUCCAACAAUUUUCACGGUCCUCUGCCUCUCCCGUGUAAGAACGCCAAACUAUAUAAUUUAGCAAAUAAUAAAUUCAACGGUCAAAUCUCAAUGGAAGUCGGAGAAAGACUCUCUACCGUAUCUUUAGUUUGGUUAUCUGGUAAUGAAAUUAAAGGCUCGGUUCCCUUUUCUGUAUGCUCCAAAGAACCUGGAGAGUCUAACAUACAAUAUCUUGAUCUCUCCAAGAAUAACUUAUCUGGGAUUAUACCUACUAGUGUAGGGUACUGUCAUUCUCUUAUAUAUCUUAAUCUCGGCAUUAACAACCUCACUGGAAAUGUUCCCAAAGAGCUUGAACAAGCAAAGAAAUUGCAAAUUCUGCAACUAAAUGACAACAAUCUUGAUGGCGAUCCUCUGAAUUUCAUCGGUGAACUUCACGAGCUGGUAGUUCUCGACUUGGGGAAUAACAACUUUGGAGGAAGUAUAUCCAGUUUGUCUGGUUCACUUGGUAACCUUCAGAUUCUUUCUUUAAGAUCAAAUAAUUUCAAUGAGUCAAUCCCCAAAGAGAUCGUUGAUUUACAGCAACUCCAUGUAUUAGACUUAUCAAGAAACAAUCUCACCGGGAUAAUUCCUAAGGGAAUAGAUAAGUACUUAAUGUUAAGAAGUAGACCAUCAAAAAAGAAAAAAAUAAAAUUAAUGUUAAGAAGCAGAUCGAAUUAUACGUUUACACUUGAUCGUGGUGGGUAUCCAGGCAAUCUGCAACUGCAGAUGACGACCAAAGGGAUCAUAACGCAGUAUGAGAAUCUGUAUACAUACAAUUCAGGAAUCGAUUUAUCCUCUAAUAAACUCGAAGGGGAAAUUCCUGAAGAGAUAGGUCUACUAAAAGGACUUUCCAUGCUAAAUCUAUCACACAACCACCUCUCAGGUAACAUUCCACUGAGUGUUGGAAGUAUGAAUGGUUUGGAGUCCUUGGAUUUGAGUUUCAAUAAGUUUUCUGGACCUAUCCCAGUAUCCUUAGCAUCAAUGGAUUUUCUUGGUCAUUUGAACCUAUCUUAUAACAACUUGAGUGGUCGAAUCCCAAGAGGACUACAUUUUGAUACUUUAAGCGGAGAUGGUUCAGCAUACGUUAACAACAGUUUCCUUUGUGGGUAUCUUACAAAAAGUAUUUGUGGGGAUGACAGCGAUAAUGGCAAUACCAAUUUUCCAAGUGAAGUUCAUAGAAAUGAAGAAGAUGAAUCAAAAGAUAAAUGGUAUUUGUUUGGUGUUGGUGUUUUGGGGUUCAUUGUUGGAUUUUGGGGUUUGUUUUUUGGUUUGGUGUUGAAUAAAGAGAAAUGGUGGUGCCCGUACUGGAAAUUAGUUGACAGCGUUGCAGUUAGAACUAUUCAAUUUUUCGUAAAACAUUGA